CUCGCCCCUCGGGCUGCAGCGGGGGCGCCGGUGCCGGCCGCGCCGGUGCCAGCAGCCAUGGGGUUAACGGGAGGCAGCGAGCGAGAGAGACGGAGACAGAGAGAGAGAAAGAGGGGCUGGACCAGCGCUCGGCAGCUGUUUAUUUCAAGGCAUCUCUCGCUCCCUCUCCCUCAGCCAGGGCUCAGCCUCGUCAAACCUUCCUCCUCCUCUCCGUCCUUCGUCCUGGCCAUGGGAGGCACCGGCAGCAGCGGCUGUGCUCCCCCAGCCCCCUGCUCCGCCGCCCCGGCUGCUCCCCACUCGUCUCCCCGCAAGUGAAGAAGAUGAGGCAGGAUCCUCGCUGAGCAAAGACGCUGUUGCAUCUGAGAUGGAGCCCGCUGCCUGCAGGAUGCCUCCGCUCCUCUCCCGCAUCCACUCCCUGCAGCUGUGGCAUCUCCUCCUCCUGGUCUCGGCCGUCCCUCCUCCUGCCGUCUGGUCUCUUCGCUCUCGGGGUCCGGCGGCCGCUCGGCCUCUUUGCACCCGUCGGAGCCCCUCGGCCCCGCGACCCAUUUGCAUCUGGGACAGGACCUCGCUGCCGGAGAGGGAUUCUCGCUUCGCCCUGCCGCGCCAGCGGGCCCUGGCACCCCGGGGGGGAGAGCUGCGGCACGUCGCGCGGCUGAGGCGCCAGGCGGCGGGGGCCCGUCCCGCCACCCCCUCCGGAUUUGAGGACGGCAUGCCCUCCUCCCAGUACCCCUGGGCCAUCGUGUGGGGCCCCACGGUGUCGGAUGAGGACGGAGGGGACGCCAACUCGGCCAACCCAGGCUUCCCGCCGCUGGGUUACACCUUCGUCUCGCCCCACGGGAUGGCGACGGCGCAGCCCAACUCCCACUCGCUCCUGCACAACGCGGGGCUCAACCUGCGCGAGACCCCGGCCACCCUGCGGCCCUUCUUGUUUGGGCCCCGGGGGGAAGGUGUGGACCCCCAGCUGUACGUCACCAUCACCAUCUCCAUCAUCAUUGUCCUGGUCGCCACUGGGAUCAUAUUCAAGUUCUGCUGGGACCGCAAUCAGAAACGCCGGCGUCACUCGGGGCAGCAGAGCGGCGGGAGGCAGCAGGAGAGCCAGCAGCCCCUCGCGGACCUCUCCCCCACCACCGUCAGCAUUUUGGGGCCCUACAGCGACUCCCUGGCCCCCACGCCCGAGGCGGAGGAGUCCAGGCAGGGCCAGGAGGGCAUGGAGAAACUGGGGGGCCACGGGAAGAGCACGGCCUUCCAACUCAACCGAAUCCCACUGGUGAACCUGUGACGCUCACGGGAGAAGCAGAGCUGGCUCCCCCCCCCCACCCUCCCGUCACAGCCGGCGAGCGCAGACUCCCGCCGCCUCUGCUACCCCAGGAAAAAAAACGACCUCCUUGUGCCACGGCCCGCCGCCACCAUUAUUAAUUAACUCCGCCAGGACGUGCCUGGGCAAAAGGACGAGCUGGGCCUCCUUAGUCUCCCGCUGGGAGAAGGUUGGGGACCCCCCCCCCCAGCCCACGCAGGACAGGGUGAUGAGAGAGCGGGGUGGUGGGAGGGAAGACAGCUGGUGGUGGCAUGAA